AUGCUGGAAGCUUUUGAAAUCCUCACUACCUCCGGCGUUGUGCUGUGGUCCAGGUCCUACGCACCGGUGGGCAGCCAUGUCAUUAACAGCCUAAUCAACGACGUCUUUAUCGAGGAGAAAGCGGCGCCUCAGCAAAGCUCAUCUGGGGCCUCGCCCACUUACAAGAAGGAGAAAUACACCCUGAAAUGGAAGCGAGCCAAGGAAUUCAAUUUGAUCUUUGUGGCCGUUUAUCAAUCGCUGCUACACCUCGGAUGGAUCGACAAACUGUUGGAAAAUAUCUCGACGAUUUUCACGGAUGUCUACAAGGACCAGUUGAAGGGAAACCGGGUCAGAAUCACCACGUACAAGUUCGAUCCGUACUUCGAACAGCAGGUGCGCGAGCUCGAGGACAAUACCGGCAGCAUCGCAGACACAUACACUGCCGAGACAGAGGAGAAGAAGGACCCGCUUGUCCAGUCAGACAACGGAGGUCCACCCCCGCCGCCUAUCCCUGGCCUAAAGAAGGCCGGGGCGACCUCUGAUGAGGUCACGCCACCGACAACUCCUGAUAUUUCUAGGUCUUCGACACCCGCCAGCAACCACCUUCUCACCACUCAGGCUGGCCCAGGCGGCCGAGUAUCUCGCCGUGCGCGCAAGGCUGCAAAUGCCAGCACCAAUGCCUCGUCUGGCGAUGAAACUUCUCGUAACAAAAAGCCUGUGAAGGGCUCAGCUAAAAAGAUGCGCAAGUGGGAUGCGAGCGGCUACGCAGAUGAGGAUGACGGCGAGGUUUUGGAUUAUUCCGCUCCAGCUGGGGAUGAAUCUGCAGCUCCUGCAGUCGAGGCUGUUUUGCAGGACGAAUGGGGCCGUAGAACAGAGAAAGGCCAGUUCGUUCUGAAGGAGCUAGGUGAUGAGGUGCAUGAUAUCUUAGACAACGCUGAUGCUGCGAAGGCUAAAAAUAACGCCUCCUCUGGGGUCGUUGGCUCUGGCUUCAAUGCCAUCGGGGGAUUUUUCCGCAACAUUGUUGGUGGGAAAGUGCUUACGGCAGCUGAUCUCGAGAAGCCGCUUAAAGUGAUGGAGGACCAUCUGCUGAAGAAGAACGUCGCUCGUGAGGCUGCUCUGCGUCUCUGCGAGGGUGUUAAGCAGGAGUUGGUGGGCAAGAAGACUGCCAACUUCCAAAGCGUUGAUGCAGCAUUGCGCAUCGCUAUGGAGUCCUCAUUGCGAAACAUUCUGACACCAACUUCUUCCUUGGAUCUUCUUCGUGAGAUCAACGCCGUGACAGCGCCAACCACCAAGCAACACGCUCCACGCCCCUAUGUCAUAUCCAUUGUCGGUGUGAACGGUGUCGGCAAGUCGACUAAUCUGAGCAAAAUUUGUUUCUUCCUCCUGCAGAACAACUAUCGAGUUCUGAUCGCCGCGUGUGAUACCUUCCGUUCUGGUGCAGUGGAGCAGCUGCGUGUGCACGCGCGCAACUUGCAGGAGCUCAGCUCCCGCGAGAACGUUGGUGAGGUCGAGUUAUACGAAAAGGGCUACGGCAAGGAUGCCGCCAAUGUUGCCAAAGAUGCUGUUGAAUAUGGUGCUGCAAACAAAUUCGAUGUUGUGUUGAUUGAUACUGCUGGCCGUCGCCACAAUGACCAGCGGCUCAUGUCUUCGCUGGAGAAGUUCGCCAAGUUUGCAAAGCCAGACAAGAUCUUCAUGGUGGGCGAAGCGUUGGUUGGCACUGACAGCUGGGUGAUAUGGUUGGAACUCUCAGUCAGCAUGGUCCACGCUACGGGCAUCCCCAUUGUUUUCUUAGGCGUUGGCCAGCACUAUGGCGAUUUGCGAGGACUGAGUGUCCCUUGGGCUGUCAACCUUUUGAUGAAGUAA